UAAAUAAAUAAAUUAUAUAUUUUCCUUAAUUUUAUAAAUUAUAUAUGCAAAUGCUCUUCUAAAAGCUUCAUAUGAGAGCAUUGGACAUAGCAUUUGGAGAGCAUUAGCAUUUAGUAAAUGCUUCUCUAAAUACUUUUUUAACAAUUGGUGAUUGGAUAAUGUAGAGCAUAAUGCUAAUGCUAAAGCUCUACCAAUCAAAGUCUUAUUUAUCUUACAUUAAUAACAUCACCAAAAUCCCAAUCCCUCAAUCUUAUUCUGAGGCAAAGGACUCUAAAGAGUGGUGUGAGAAGCAGUUGAUAAAGAAUUUGGGGCAAUGGAAUCGACUGGAACUUGGGAAGUUGCUACCUUACCGGCUGGGAAAAAAGCAGUUGGGUGUAAGGUGUUGUAUUCUUUGAAGUUUAAUGCUGAUGGUACUCUUGAGAGACAUAAGGUCCAGGGGGUUGCUAAAGGUUUCACUCAAAAGAAGGGAUUGGAUUAUACUGAAACUUUUUCUCCUGUAGCUAAACUCACGACUGUCCGUUUCUUAUUGAAAGUUGCAGCUUCAAGGAACUGGUUUCUCCAUCAACUGGAUAUAUCUAAUGCAUUUUUGAAUGGAGAAUUAGAAGAGGAAAUAUAUAUGAAGAUACCUGAUGGUUAUGCAGAGAGACGAGGGCUCACGUUGUCUAAGAAUGAUGUAUUUCGACUGAAGAAGUCCAUUACGACUGGGGUUCUCAACAGGUACAAGUGAUCACACACUUUUCUUGAAGUCGUUUGAUGAUGGUCACUUCCUUGCAAUAUUGGUGUAUCAUUGUGGCCAGUACAAAUGCUUCAAUAUCCAGGCAGUUGAUUCAUGAUCUUUCACAGCAGUUCAAACUCAGGGAUCUUGGUGCUCUUAAAUAUUUUUUGGGUUUGGAGAUAGCUCGUACUAGUCAGGAAAUCUCUCUAUGCCAACGUAAAUACGCUUUGGAGAUACUGACUUCUACUAGCAUGUUGGGAUGCAAACCUACUUCUACUCGCAUGAUCCCGAACUUGCAUUUGGCUUUGAAAGAUGGAGAUCUGAUUGAUGAGCCUGAGCGAUAUAGAAGCCUUGUAGGCAGGUUGAUGUAUCUGACUAUCACUCGUCUGGACAUCACAUUUUCGGUCAACAAAUUGUGUCAAUUCUCUUCUGCACCUCGAACCUCUCAUCUCAAUGCUGCAUAUCGAGUCUUGCAAUACAUCAAAGGCAUUGUAGGUCAAGGACUCUUCUAUUAUGCGACCCCUGACUUGACCUUAAAAGGGUUUGCUGAUGCUGAUUGGUCUUCUUGCCUGGAUAGUAGACGUUCAACUACUGGUCUUUCGAUGUUUCUUGGUGACUCCUUGAUCUCAUGGCGCUCUAAGAAGCAAGACACAGUCUCUUGUUCUUCAGCUGAAGCAGAGUACCGUGCCUUGAAUAGUGCUUCCAAGGAGAUGAUAUGGCUCAUCAAGCUGCUGAAUGAUCUGAAGAUACCUCGGACUCAGACUCCUACUCUCUUCUCCGAUAGCACUACAGCUAUAUAUAUUGCCACCAAUCCGUUUUUUCAUGAGCGAACCAAACAUAUUGAGAAUGAUUGUCAUUUUGUUCGGCAAUGGCUUGAUAGGAAGGUUCUCAAAUAUCUACAUGUGCGUACAGCAGAUCAAGUGGCUGACAUUUUGACCAAACCUUUGUUCCCUCACCUAUUUUAUCAUCUUAUGUCCAAGAUGAGUCUUCAUAAUAUUUUUGGAAGCUCAUCUUUAGGAUCCUAUUGGUUAAUAGAUUCUGGUUUAGUGGUUUGGUUAGAUUAGUUGGUUUAUUCUCACUUGUGUAGCUGACUAUAUAUACGUAUAAAUGUCCAUUUUAAUCAAUAAGAGAUAUUUUGAUAACAAACUUCUUCUUCUCUCUCAAGCAAGCUUGUUCCUAAUAGUUUAUUUAUUAAUGAUACAUCACAAUUCACAAGUCUCGGUUGUAAUCUACGUCGGUGGUGAUAGUGCAUAUGUUUUGCUUAAUCACGACAUCAUUCAUAAUUCUCCAAAAGCUCGAGCCAUACUACACAUACAUCGAUGCGUUGGAAGGAACUUAGAGGAUUUGAACUAAUUAAUUAUGUUCCCAUAAAACGAACGCCACUGAGCAUGAUCGGAGUGUUCUCAUCACAAUCACCGGACGGAACUAAUCAUCUAACCACAGUCACAUGCAAUCAAUCAAUCUACAACGAUUCUGAGCUAUUUAGGUUCCGAUACAAUGCCGCUGAGCAUGAACGGAGUGUUCUCAUCAUAAUCACCGGACGUAAUUUAGCGGAGAAACUAACCGGUCUAAACGUAAUCACAUGCGAUUGCUGAAAGGUAAACUUGAUUUGGAUCAAGUUAAGUUUUGGGCUAAAAACCCAAUAAGUAUUUGUUGGUUAAAGUUUGAUCCAAAUUCUAGAAAGUGUCUAGAAAAAUCUCCACCUCCAUAAGAUAAAAAUCUAAGAUAUUUUGGAAGAAUUAUCUAGAUAAUUAGGAUAAGAUUAUCUAGAUAUUUUAGUAGAGUUUUCUAGAUUUAGGAUUAAAAUAGGUAAGAUAUUUUGUACUUUAGAGGCUAUAAAUACCUCCACUCUCUUCUCAUUUGUAUCAUCACCAAGAAAUAAUCCAAGUUUGUAACAAGUAAUAAAAAUCCUCUUCUAAGUUAUAAAAGUUUUAUUCUUCACAAAGUUUCUUUCUCUUCAAACAGUAAAAUACUUUCUCCAUCUCUACAAAGUUUUUCAUUCCAACAGCGAUAAGUCAAUCUACAACGAUUUUCUCAGAUUCGUAUCCCAUCGUAUAAACCAAAAGAGAAUGGAUUCUGAAUGGAUUUAACUUCGAUACUCUUACGGUCACUCGGAGGAGGAGGAGGAUGCUCGUGAUUUUGAAUCCGAGCCCUUGCUCGUCAUGUUCGUUGUGCAAAGAGAAGGGAAUGUAUCUCUCGAACUCUCUCCAGGUAUUAUUAGGGAUUAUGAGGUUUUAGUGAAUAGGCUUUGCGCGCAAAUCGAUAAGUUCCAAUUUCCAAUUUGUUGCGAACAUUUUAAUUUCAAAUUACAAUGUAUCAGAGAAAUUAGUGGGUAAAAUCGUAAUUUCGUUAAUUAUUUGUCGAUUUGUGUAAAUUCAAGUUCCCUGUAGAUCGCUCUAUCUACACAAAUAAAUGAGAUCAGUGUACGGUCUCUCUCUCUCGCUUCUUUCUUCUUUGCAGUAAUUAGAUAGUGAUUGCUCCAACUGAACCGAAAUGCUCUGAUCAUACACAUGUUGUUACAUUGUAGCCUGUACCAUCAUCAGUCUGGGAUCCCUCAAGAGAACAUGCUGUACUUGUAAACUGAGCAUUUGCAUAAAAAUGCCAUCGGUACUCAUUCAUCAGCAAACCAUGUAGGGUGCAGACUUGUUCAUAUGCUAAUAAGUCAAAGCAGAUCGGGUUGUCUUCAGUUUUGAAGAUAGAAAAUCUCAAAAAAAAUAAUAAAGAGUCUGUUAUAAGGUAUUGCAAUUUCUGCCACGAUCUCUUCUGUGUUUAACUCAAUCUCCUUCACGUUUCUGCCACGAUCUCAGAACCAGGAAGCCGACGAGUUAGUUAAAAGAACCCUUCAUUUAUCUAUACUUUCAGUUUGCAAGAGUACCGUUAACCCAAGUGUUUUAUGGGUUGCUUAUUGAUUUUUGGAUUUAAAAGAAAAAAGAAAAAUAAGUGAUUAGAAAAGAAACGGUGCUUAAUUAAGCCUCAGAAGAAGUGGUGCUUAGUGGACACGUGUUGCCCUAUCAUUGACUCAGCAUCCCUUUCUCUCUCUCUCAAGAAACGCAAGCGACGGUGACGGCGAGGAGAUUCGCCAUCUUGAUGAGGAGAUCGCGGACGGCGACGGCGAGGAUAUUGGAGCAAGAGACGGUGACGACGAGGAGAUUUGCCAUCUUCAUAUUUACUCUCGUUCUGCUCUUUCUCACCAAGUAAUAAGAUCUGGGUUUCAUAUCAUUGUAAUCAUCACAAACGAACUAGUUAAAAAGUUGGAUACUUUCAAGGGUUUCGGAUUUAGGACAGUAUUGGUCGGCAGAACUUAACCGAAAGAUUCGAUUUUUAUAUGUUUGUUUGAGAAUUUCAGAUUUCAUUAUGUUUCAGAAUCAUGCAUGAGAAGAAAAUUGUAGAGGACGUUAUCAACGAGAGAUUCUAUUCUUUCAGUGUUCUAACAAAGUCUUUUGAGAGAUUCUAUUCUUUCAGCUGCUGAUGUGUUGUUGUGGAGGAACAAGAAGAUCUCCGCAAGUGUUCUGAUGGGAGCUACUGCGAUCUGAGUGCUUUUCGAGUGGAUCAACGUCCAUUUUCUCUCUCUCGUUUGUUACCGUCUCUUGCUUGGUACGAUCGUGCAAUUCGUUUGGUCUAAUGCCUCAGGGGCUCUAAACCGCAGCUCACAGUCUGGAGUGCCUCGCCUCGUCCUUCCAAAAGAUUUCUUUGCGGAAGUCGGUGUGACCAUUGGAACAGAGGUUAACCGUGGUUUGAUGUUUCUUCAAGACUUGGCUUGUAGAGGGAGUUUGAAACAGUUCCUCAUGGCUGCGAUUGGACUAUGGCUAGCCGCAAUGAUCGAGAGCUGUUGCAACUUCCUAACUGUUUUGUAUAUUGGGUUUGUGGGAGCUCACACAAUGCCGGUUCUGUAUGAGAAAUAUGAAGACGAAGUUGAUGGUUUUGUUGAUUCUCUGCUCAUGAAGUUUCAUAGUCACUAUAAGAAGAUGGAUACUGGCUUUCUCAGUCGAAUUCCAAGUGGAAGGUUUGGGUUCAAGAAGCAUGACUAAAUCAACUUGUUUAUCUGUGGAUGAAAGGUAUGUGUAGCUUGGUUUACUCUUGAACGUCAUCUUCUUGGUUUACUCGUAUAGUAUGUUUCAAACAAUGAUGGCUUACUUUCUGAUGAUGGCAAAAGAUUUUACAAACCACAGUGUUUCUUAAUUUUUUUUUUUUGAUCUUUUAAUAUGUUUUAUAUAAUAAAUAAAUUUUAUCUUAAAUAAAACAAUGUUUAAUUUUU